AUGAGUAUUCCAUUACAUUUAUCUGAUAUACCGAAUACAAUUUUUGAUUCUGAUGAUCAUUGCGUAUUGGAUAUAAGUGAGGAAAUGGAAGAAAUUCGUGAACUUCUUUAUGAAUUGGUUAAAAAUAAUUUUGCGUCGGGCGUUAUUGCUGAACAUUUAGCGAAAAUUUAUAAAGAAAGUUAUGAGACAACUGGUUUGGGUCCAGUUUUACCGGAUAAUUGGUUGGAUCACGUCCAGGUUGCUGAUGAAUUUGAAGUGGUUUGUCGUGGACCAAUUACAAUGAUUUAUACGAGACAGCGUAAUACACCACCAAUUAAAGAAGCGCAGCCUAUGCGAAACAUUUUAGUAAUUAGUGGCGCAGUAGUGCAAUCACCUAAUGGUAAAAGGACACCACGCAUAAGACUUACAGAUAAGGAAUUAGCUCAACAGAUGAAAACUAUAUUUGCUGUGGAACCAAUCGCAUUUCGAUCUGUAAUUGAUGUUGUUAUUGUUUCUUGUGAAUCGUUAGCAGAAAUAUUCGUACAGCUUAAUAGUAAAGUCAAAAAUUUUGAACAAUUAUGCUCAACAAUGGAUAAUUAUUAUGGUAUAGAAUCAAAUGGUGAAAUUGUUACAGAACCUGAAAUAGAUGGUGUUUAUGCUGUUAAAAAUGAUAAUCAUUUCUAUAGAGCAAUUUAUAAGGCAUCUAACAAAUUUUUUCUUGUUGAUUUGGGACAAUAUAUAUCAGCCGAAGGAAAAACGAUUAAACGUCUCAGAGCCGAAUAUGCAUUACCUCGUCUAUAUCCGAUUUAUGCGUUUGCCGUCACAUUAGAUCCAUCUAACAAUCUGAAAGUACUGCAAGAUGCCCAAAAAAAUAAAUAUUCUAUUCCUCUUCGCUUCAUUUCCGUUGGUGAUGAUGGAAUAUACUUUGUUCGUUACGAUGAUGUAAAAAGUCCCAUGCCUGGAAUCGAUAAUCGGGGUGAUAAUGAAGAAAUCAUCCUUACUUCAAUGAAUCUAUCAGAAUUACCAAAAAAUCGAUUUGCGGUUCAUGUUCUCGCUGUUUUCAAUCCUAUCAAUAUAAGUGUACGACAGUGUAUACAUGACCCUAUUCCUGAUUAUAUAGCAAGUGAAGUGGAAAAAGACUCGCUUGCACAAACAUCGAUAUUACCUUUUGCUGAUUUAAAAGUCGGCUGCUUCUAUGCGGCAAAAGUAGAAUCUGAUUUGAAAUGGGAACGUGUUCAACUGCUCGGUCCAAGCGCAGUUGAUGCAGAUUGUUUUCGCGUGUACUGUGUUGAUAUAGGAUCGUUUGGUGUUGUUAGAAAACAUAAUAUACGUCGCUUGAAGUUACCUCUUGGUUUGCGCAAGAUUUUAUUGCUCAAAUGCAAAAUAUUUGGAAUAACACCAAAAGACGAUAGUAAUGUGUGGGAUCGAGAAAUUCAAUUGUUUUUAUGUACAAUAUUUAAUCAAGUAAAAACAGUUGAAAUUGAACCAAUCGAAGAAUGGAGUUAUUUCAAUGAGGUUGACACGUUAGAAAUUCCGUGUGUUUCAGCACGAUGGUUUAUCGAUGGUAAAAAUGUUGCCGAUUAUUUAAUUGAUCAGAGAUUAGCAAAACCUUCGCAAUAA